UCAUGUCAUGACGAAGUUGAGAUUUAUAAGCAAUUUAUGCUAGAUUUUGUAUCUUUCAUUUCAGAUAUGGUGCUUCUAGUUUGGGCGCAAAACAGCGUUCAUGUUUCGAUAGUGAACUUCCGAACAAGUGUAUUGUUGUAGUCAAGUUGAUGCGGAUGAUGCGUGAUGCGUUGAUGCGUUGCUGUUUGUGAUAAAGUUUGUAAUGGACUGAGGCAUCAUCAGAUAGCCUAAGCACACUUAUAGGUGUGGUUUGAGUUUUUGAAGAAUGAGAGGUGCAGUGCUCGCUGCUCUGGUGGUGUUGGCCGUGUGCGGCAGCUGCGUCGGUCUGCGCCGUCACGACGUCCACGGCCUCCUACUGCCACCACCAAACGUCCACAAUGCCCCGCUGCCACCAGACCAGUGGUUCACCCAGAAGCUGGACCACUCCCAGCCCAGUGACCUGCGCACCUGGCAACAGCGCUACUUCACGAACGACUCGUUCUACAAGCCGGGCGGGCCGGUGUUCCUGAUGAUCGGCGGCGAGGGCAAGGCCAGCCCCGUCUGGAUGGUGGCCGGUCAGUGGAUCGAGUACGCCAGGCAGCACAACGCCCUCUGCUUCCUGCUCGAGCACCGCUUCUACGGGAAGAGCCACCCCACCGAGGACAUGAACAUCAAGAACCUGCGCUUUCUGAGCUCUGAGCAGGCGCUGGCCGAUCUGGCCGCCUUCUCGGCCGCCAUGAACGUGCAGCACGGCCUCGACGCCAGCACGCGCUGGGUGGCGUUCGGCGGCUCGUACCCGGGCAGCCUGGCCGCCUGGUACCGGCUCAAGUACCCGCACAUGGUGCACGCGGCCGUCUCGAGCAGCGCGCCGCUGCACGCCCAGACCAACUUCUACGAGUUCCUGUCAGUGGUCUCUGACGCGCUGCGCUCGGAGUCCGGCCAGGAGUGCUACAGCGGCGUGGCGGCCGCCUUCUCUGAGCUGGAGCAGCGCAUCGGCGGCGGCGACGCCGGCCAGCUCACCAAACAGUUCCAACUGUGUGCGCCGCUGAACGUCUCGGCGCCGGAGGACGUAUCCAGUCUGGUCUCCAGCCUGGCCGACCUCUUCGAGGGCACCGUCCAGUACAACAAGGACAACCGCGCCUUCGAGGGCGCCAAGGACGCCAACAUCACCGUCACCACGCUCUGCGACAUCAUGACCAGCGGGCGGGGCGGCGCGCUGGACCGGCUGGCCGAGGUCAACAGCCUGCUGAUGACAGCCCAUGGCGACAAGUGCCUGGACUACACCUACGAGUCGGCCAUGAAGAAGAUGCGAGAGGAGAGCUUCGACAGCCCCGACAACAACGGCAUGCGCCAGUGGAUCUACCAGACGUGUUCAGAGUUUGGCUGGUACCAGACGUCCGACUUCGUCCGGCAGCCGUUCGGCCACCGCUUUCCGCUCGCCUUCUCCGUGCAGCAGUGUGUGGACGCCUACGGCCCCAAGUUCAACAAGGCGUUCAUCGAGGCGGCUGUGGCGGCGACGAACGUGCGCUACGGCGGCCGCGGGCUGCGCGUGCGGCGCGUGGUGUUCAUCAACGGCAGCAUCGAUCCUUGGCACGCCAUGGGGCGGACGGCCACCCGCCACCGGCACACGCCCGUCAUCUACAUCAACGGCACGGCCCACUGCGCCAACAUGUACCCGGCGCGCGCCUCGGACCUGGCCGAGCUGACGGCGGCCCGGCGCAGAGUGGGCCGCCUCAUCACCGCCUGGCUACGCGAGAGCCACCAGUGACGUCACUGGAGCCCAGCCGGACGACGACUGGGCGGCGAGUCACCUCGCGACCGCUGACUAGCGACGUCACUGGAGCCCAAUCGGACGACGGCCGGACAUCUGGUCACCUCUUGACCGUGGGCCGGUGACGUCACUGGAGCCCAGCCGGACGACGACUGGGCGGCAGGUCACCUCUUGACCGUGGGCCAGUGACGUUACUGGAGCCCAGCCGGACGACGACUGGGCGGCGGGUCACCUCUUGACCGUGGGCCAGUGACGUCACUGGAGCCCAGCCGGACGACGACCGGACAUCUGGCCACCUCUUGAUCGCUGACUAGUGACGUCACUGGAGCCCAACCGGACGACGACCGGACGGUUGGUCACCUUGGUGACCGUUGAUCAGCGACGCUACCAGCGUGCGGCCGGUUUGGAAGUGUGGACAGUGGUAUCGCAGCCACAAGGAGCUUAUAAGUAUCUGGCCAGUCCGUAUUAAAUGGUCGUUGCUUGGAUAUUGUACUCUCGGGUAUACACCUUGCUGUCUUUUAAGGCAAGUUAUAGACGUAUCUGUGCGCCAUUUAUGCUAGGCCAAGCCUCAAUAUGGCUGUUGAAACCCAGGGAAUGUCCGAGGUGCUCAAUAUUCAAUAGCUUGCUGCCCGCUUUGCAGUAUGACUGCUGCCAUUACUCAUACUAUGGUUAUGCUGUUUACUGCGACGUUUUAAGACAGCUGUAAAUUUGCUUGGUUCCGUAACCUGAGAUCAUGAUGGAUGGUCAUAUGCCACGCCAUUUCUGCACUCGCUGGGCACCUUUGAGCACGAGCGUGUGUUUCUCAAUACUCGAAAUGCCUGAAGCUGUCGCUCGAAUCACCAUCGCGGGGCACGAGCAAUCGUAUCAGCCAAGUGCAUGUACCAUUUGGCUUAUCCACCACAGAUUAUGACAGGCAGAUGCAUGGAUGUGUAAUCGGCUUUAUGCAUCGAAGGUUCAAAAUGUGGAAUGCCUAUCACGCUGUCAUUGUCGUGUUCUUCCUCGCGGAGAUGCCUUUGGCGUACGACGGGAACGUAUGUCAGUAGCCUGUGCCUUCCAGUUGUUCCACACGCCAGGGGUCAUCGAAGUACAGCCUUUCCUCGUGACCUGGCCGUGAGACAGAUCCUGUAUAUGCAUCGAGACGUGUACCUUCUUUGCCGGAAGUUGGCUGUGCUAUAAAAGGAGUUGUAGUCAGAUGUUCUACGCUAUGGGAGCAUCAUGGAAUCCCGCUCUUACAAGUGCCAAAUAUACAGUACUCGGUUUUGCACGUAUGCCGCCUGUCUUUCAUUCGUGAGCGCUAGGAGCAUGAUCGGGAAAGUGCAGAUAGCUUGCACGAACAUGAGCAUCUGUUUCUUUGAGCUCCUGUGUUUAAAUUCUCGCGGUCGGAAAAUGCUGAGCCCAUUAGAUUCCACGCGUAGCAAAUGCUAAGCCCGAUGAUUACAAUGUUGCGCAUAAAUAUAUGUUGUGCUGUGUGAUAGAC